GGUCGCCAUUCCCGUGUCGCUGCGCCCGCGGGGGCCGCCCGAGCCGGCCACCAUGCCGCUGGGCCUGAAGCCCACCUGCAGCGUCUGCAAGACCACGUCGUCCUCCAUGUGGAAGAAGGGCCCGCAGGGGGAGAUCCUCUGCCACCACUGCACAGGCCGGGGCGGCGCAGGCGGCGGGGGCUCCUGCCCGGGGGUGGCCGGCGGCACAGGGGGCGGCGGCGGCGGCGGCGCAGGGGGUGGCUUCGGCGCCGCGACCUUCGCCAGCACCUCGGCCGCCCCUCCGCAGAGCAACGGGGGCGGGGGCGGCAAGCAGAGUAAGCAGGAAAUUCACAGGAGGUCUGCUCGGCUCAGAAACACUAAAUACAAAUCUGCUCCAGCUGCUGAAAAGAAAGUUUCCACUAAAGGGAAAGGGAGAAGACAUAUUUUUAAAUUAAAAAAUCCCAUCAAAGCUCCUGAGUCUGUUUCCACCAUAAUCACUGCAGAAUCAAUCUUCUACAAGGGAGUGUACUACCAAAUUGGAGAUGUUGUUUCUGUAAUUGAUGAACAAGAUGGAAAACCCUACUAUGCUCAGAUCAGAGGUUUCAUCCAGGACCAGUACUGUGAGAAGAGUGCGGCGCUGACGUGGCUCAUUCCCACUCUCGCUAGCCCCAGGGACCAGUUCGACCCUGCGUCCUACAUUGUGGGACCAGAGGAGGAUCUUCCAAGGAAGAUGGAAUACUUGGAAUUUGUCUGUCAUGCACCUUCUGAAUAUUUCAAGUCACGUUCAUCACCAUUUCCCACAGUUCCCACCAGACCAGAGAAGGGCUAUAUAUGGACUCAUGUUGGACCUACUCCUGCAAUAACUAUAAAGGAAACAGUUGCCAACCAUUUAUAGUUUAAGAAGUAAACCUGGAUUUCUAGUUCCCUUGUAUUUGUACCACUGUAAGACAUGCCACAUGUUUCU